GUGGCCGCCUCCGCGCAGGGCCGCGCGAGCGCCGGCGGCGGCGGCGGUUGCGCAGUGGCGCUACAUCCGGGCACUGGGGCAGGAUGAAUGCUCCUUUCCAAGAUGGCGGCGGAGGGAGGAGGGAAGGAGAUGAACGAGAUUAAGACCCAGUUCACCACCCGGGAGGGGCUGUACAAGCUGCUGAGCCACUCGGAGUACAGCCGGCCUAACCGGGUGCCCUUCAACUCGCAGGGCUCCAACCCGGUCCGCGUUUCCUUCGUCAACGUCAACGACCAGAGCGGCAACGGGGACCGGCUCUGCUUCAAUGUGGGCCGGGAGCUCUACUUCUACAUCUACAAGGGGGUCCGCAAGGCUGCGGACUUGAGUAAACCAAUAGACAAAAGGAUAUACAAAGGAACACAACCUACAUGCCAUGACUUCAAUCACUUAACGGCCACAGCAGAAAGUGUGUCUCUUCUAGUGGGCUUCUCUGCAGGCCAGGUCCAACUUAUAGACCCUAUUAAAAAAGAAACAAGCAAAUUAUUUAAUGAGGAAAGACUAAUAGACAAAUCCAGAGUAACCUGUGUAAAAUGGGUACCAGGUUCGGAAAGCCUUUUCCUAGUAGCUCAUUCCAGUGGCAAUAUGUACUUGUAUAACGUGGAGCACACUUGUGGUACCACAGCCCCGCACUACCAGCUACUUAAACAAGGAGAAAGUUUUGCAGUUCACACUUGCAAGAGUAAAUCCACAAGAAACCCUCUGCUUAAAUGGACAGUAGGUGAGGGUGCCCUGAAUGAAUUUGCCUUUUCCCCAGAUGGGAAGUUCUUGGCGUGUGUGAGCCAGGAUGGUUUUCUUCGUGUGUUUAACUUUGAUUCAGUGGAAUUGCAUGGUACAAUGAAAAGCUACUUUGGAGGACUGCUGUGUGUGUGUUGGAGUCCUGAUGGGAAAUACAUAGUGACAGGUGGAGAGGAUGACUUGGUAACAGUUUGGUCUUUCGUGGACUGUCGAGUAAUAGCGAGAGGCCACGGACAUAAAUCAUGGGUCAGUGUUGUUGCGUUUGAUCCAUAUACCACUAGUGUAGAAGAGAGUGACCCGAUGGAAUUUAGCGGAAGUGAUGAGGAUUUCCAAGACCUUCAUUUUGGCAGAGAUCGAGCAAAUAGUACGCAAUCUAGGCUAUCCAAAAGGAACUCUACAGACAGCCGUCCAGUAAGCGUUACGUAUAGAUUUGGUUCAGUAGGCCAGGACACGCAGCUCUGUUUGUGGGAUCUUACAGAAGAUAUCCUCUUCCCUCACCAACCUCUCUCAAGAGCAAGGACACAUACAAAUGUCAUGAACGCCACAAGUCCACCUGCUGGAAGUGGUGGAACUAACCCAGGAAGUAAUGGAAACAGUAUCACAACACCUGGAAACUCUGUACCCCCUCCUCUUCCACGGUCAAACAGCCUUCCACACUCUGCAGUCUCAAAUGCUGGCAGUAAAAGCAGUGUCAUGGAUGGUGCCAUUGCUUCUGGUGUUAGUAAAUUUGCAACCUUAUCGCUACACGAUCGGAAGGAAAGACACCAUGAAAAAGAUCACAAGAGAAAUCAUAGCAUGGGACAUAUAUCUAGCAAGAGCAGUGACAAACUGAACCUAGUUACUAAAACCAAAACGGACCCAGCUAAAACUUUGGGAACACCUCUCUGUCCCCGAAUGGAAGAUGUUCCCUUGUUAGAGCCUCUUAUCUGUAAAAAGAUAGCACAUGAAAGACUGACUGUGUUAAUUUUUCUUGAAGACUGUAUAGUCACUGCUUGUCAGGAGGGAUUUAUUUGCACAUGGGCAAGGCCUGGUAAAGUGAGAUAAAGUAUGCAGUACCAAAAAUCAGGAUUUAUGUAUUGGCCAAUAUGGAAAACUUUAAGUACAGGUAAGUAAUUUUCAUGCUGAAGUUAUCACUUUCAAAAUUAAUAUAUUGCACAGUGAUGUAAAUGCCAUAUUGUUUAGGAAGUAUUUACUUAAAAUUUUUCAAAUUAAUUUGUUUUUCUGAUUUUACUUGCAUUUCUAGUGAGCUCACUCUGCUGGUAAAAACUAAAUUUUGGUGGCAUGUUUACAGGGCUUUGAUAGGAAAAUAUUUGUGCCAGAAGGACAUUAUGACCAUCCUUUUUGUUUAUAGGAAAGCACUUAAUAAUUUUAUUUAAUGAAAAUUGUCAAAGUAUAAAACACUCAUGGUAAUGUCUUUCUUACUGGGUUAUAUACCAUUCAUUUCUGUUUCGCCAGCUGUUUUAUCCUAGGCUAUCCCAUUACUUUGGGAUUUAAAGCUGCUAUUUCUAGUCUUCCUUUUGAAAUAUGGGUCCCCAAGUGAUCUUAAAACUCCGCCACUUUUUUGUCUGCCAACUCUAGAGUGAGAGCCUCUGAAUCUUGCUGCUUCUUCCAUCAUUGCCUCAAAAGGCCUUCAUUAAAUUCAUGCCACUGCCAGCCUAAAGAAAGAAUUGGAUGGAAAACUGAAGCAGGCUUGCAGUGUCUAAUGUAAUUUCUGUUGCGCCAGUGCUACCUUUCCCUCUCAUUUUUAAUAGCCAUUGAAAGAACGUGCUGGAUAAUUGGACAGUGUAUGACAAGUUCUCUUCAUUUUUCUGGUUGGGCUGGUGCUGCCCUUAGUGGAAAAAAAAUUCAGAAAUGUCUCUUCAGCCAUGAUCCUUAUGAUAGUUGAUAGGCUGCACAGUACUUACAGAGUAUCCUGACUGUUUAUAAACUUUCCAAAUUACUACUUCAGUGUAUACAUUAUCAUACCUUGAGCUUCCUCACUGGAUAUACCAUUCUUGCAUUGCACUUCCAGAACUGUUGUACUAACUCUCAGUCAGAGUGAGGUGAAGUAAAUGGCAAAAUUCAAUUAGAAACAAAUUGAAUGAGGCUCAGGGUUCAUUAAUUUCAAUUUCUUUACUGUCAUUUUUUGUUAGCCUGUUUUUGCAGAAGAACCUUCAGGGUGGUGAGCAAAAUAGGUUGCCUUAACAAGAGUAUGAACUUUCUUCUCAACAUGGUGACAAUUAGCUGUCGCUUCUCCCCCCUGUCUUUCCCAGGCCCUGAUGGGAAACCUAAAUGGGAUUAUAGAGCUGUUGUAUUAAUCUGAAAACAUAGAAAAAUAAUUUUAAAGGAGCCAAGGUAAACUUCGUAUGCUAUCUUUAUAGCUACUUCAAACUGAAUUACAGGACCUGCAGAAGCAAUUAAAAAUAAAAACAAAACCAACCCACAAAACCCCCGAAAAACCAAAGUGGUAUCUGGAUAUGCAAAACAAGUUUUCUCUGAACUUUGUGGUCAGAGGAACUAUCUAUGUGAUUUCUGUGUUUGACUUCAGAAGUUAAUUCUGAAUUCACCAUCUUGUACAGUGACUCCAUUUUAUCUAAGUGAAAGUUGCUGAUUAGUUGUUUCCUUUGUAAGAAAGCUCAAGGUAAGAUUUGCGAGGAGUAUGAACAGGUGAAAUGGCAGUGUAUAACCUAGCAAGAUAAACAUGCUACCAUUUUGUAAAACAAGUGCACAUGGAAUUUAUUUAUUUGACUUAUUGUACAGGAAAACUUAGACUUAAAUUAUAACAUCCUUGAAUUUUCUAGUUAACUACAAUUGUAGUACAGUAUCAUGUUUUAGUAUGACUUCUGUUUUAGUGAAAGUACUUAAACAUUCAUGUACUAUAUUUGAGUGAGAUGAGCAGCUAUACAUACUAAUUCUUCCUCAAUGGAAAGGAGCAUUUCAUCAUUACAAUUGAAGUUCAAUUGCUGGUAUUUAAGUACUAUCAAAUAGAUUUCUUUCAACGUGAUACGGUAUCUGUAUAAACUUCAGGGAUGAUUAUAGUAAAACUGAAACACAGCUAUAUGACUUCAGGUUACCAUGCUAAAAUUUGAAGCUUUCUGUAAUGUGCAUAAUAGCAAAGUUGCACAUAGCAUACCCGCAUUAUCAGGGUGAAUUUAAACCUAGUACACUGGUGUGAUAUUUAUAGCAAGGUAUGUGUGUUUGCGCGUGUGCGUGUGUGAGGAGGUGUGACUAGUGGCUCCAGUAAAGCCAGGAGAGAUCAUAACCCUGUAAAGGCUUUAUGAUGAGGAUGUCUGGAUUAGGAAAUAACAUGACUUUUACUAAACACUUUUUAGAAAACCCAUGUUCCGAAUUAUCACCUCUUAAAAUUUGAUUAUGUACUUGGAAUGACUGUAUAUGUCUGCCCCUUUAACAACAUAAAGCUACUAAAUUAAUAUUUAAAAUGCUGGCCUGCUUAUGUUACAAUAAUAAAAUUUGUGUCAGUUAAUUUACUGUCAAUUUACAUGUAAAGAUUAAACAAUAUUUUUUCUGCAUUUUAUGAGUUCUGUAUACUGGAGUUUGUUAAAGAUUGACAUGUUAGGUGAUACUGUACAAAAUUGUAUUGACUUUAGUGAAAAUCAAAAGUAAAAUUCAUAUGUAUUUCCUUUUUACACUUCCAUCUAAUUUCUUGACAACUUGAAUAAAUUUCAUAGAGCCUUUCUAACAUGAACUAUUGUUAAUUUAACUGUUGCAAUAAUUAAGCUUUAAGAAGUAUUGUUGGUAUAUUUAUAAUUUUAAGAAGAUCAUGUUUGUUUCAUACUGCUUAUUUUUAGCUGUUCUAUUGUCACUGUUACAGCUGAAGAACUUUACUAAAUACUUGACAUUACAAAAUAACUUGCUGGGGUUGUCCUCUGUAUACUGAUGUUAAAUAAAAAUGUGUGAUUGAACUGUAAAUGUAGAUAACUUUCAAUAGUCCUUUCCACAUUUGAGUUUUAAUUUAUCUUGCAGUCCUUAGGUGGUCUUAUGCUAUCAUACUGUGCUGAACAAAUGGCCACAAUGAAAGCUGUUAACUUGCCAUAUUUUAAAGUAAGAAGUUGAUUGCAUCCUGUAACCUGCUCUGAGUAAAUGUUUCACUUCAUCUCAAGACAAUGCAUACAUUUUGAUGUUUAAAUCUUGCUGAUAAGGUCAUGUCUCAUGAUAUUUAUUUUUUUUUAGGACUAGAGUAAUAUGAAAUAGAAUACUUACCAAACUUGUUUAAACUCAGAUUCAGUAAAACAUGGACAUGGAUGUAUCCAGAUUCUCUCUGCCUACCUGUCAAAUAGGAGCUGGGGCAGAGCAUUGUCAUUCCUUCUAGGACUCUACAGGAGCUCUUUCCUCUAUGGACUCUGGUGCAGGGUAUGUUCUUUAUUCCAGCUUCAGAUCUUGACAUUUACCUAAUGAAUACUGAAUUUACAGCCCUGAGGAUAUGGCUCACUCUGAUGAUUCAAGCAUCUUGUGUCUAGAAAAACUGUGGCUAGUCUAGAACUAAACUCAUCUGAACUAAACCUAAACUACUCUAAAAUUUUUGGCUGCAAUAUUUCUUGGAACCAGUUUAGGUGAAGAGUUAAGACGUUGCCCUUCCGUCUGAGUGGACAAGGAAUUGUGCCACCCUUGGAGCAGCGGUUCUGUGUUAACCGAUGGAGCCAAACAAAUGAUAUUUACCAAAGUCUUUCAAAGGGAAAUUUCAGUGACAAAGAUAGUUACUUUGGGCCCAGUCUGAGGUAGGACUCUGUCUCUUAGGCAAAAAUACUCUGUAGACUAAAGCUGAGGAAAUCAUCUUUCUUAUGUGAACUUGAGAACUUUCUGGUACUUUAGAAGGUAUUGAUUGACCCCUAUGAUGGUCUAUAUACAUACAUAUAUUUAAGAACAGGUGCCAGUGGAGCAACAAAAUUAAAUCGGUCCUGAAAGCUUCUGGGAACAUCCAGUUACAUCAAAUGAUGGAAGAACUGGUUGGCCAAACCAGAUUCUCAACAGUCAGUGUGAGCAUGAAACAAAACUAACUUCCACAAGUUCUGUGGUCAUAGAAGACACUUUGGCAAAAGAUGUCUCACAACAUGAAAGUGUCUUGUUUGUCUUUAUUUAAUAAUGUUGCACAAACUUCUUAAGGAAAUAACUUGUAUGAUCACAUUAUUUUCUGUUUUUUGAAGUUGAAUUUUGGGUAGGUGCUGACCAACCUCAUCAAAUUCACUUGGCUCAUUUCUUCUCCUGCUAAGACCACACUUAUUUUGCAGCUAACACAAAUGGGGUUGCCUUGAGUCAUAUGCUUUUCCCUGAGGUUUUCCCUGGUUUAUCUCAAAUUCAUUAUUUUCUAAUCUGAAAAUUUUAAGCCUUACUGACUUUUGUAGUUUGAGGAAGGUAGAGAAACCAGAAACCGUUCCUAAGCAUGUGAGCCCUUACUACCUAAAUGAAACCUAAGGUCCUAUUGCUCGAGCCAGAUCAGGUUUUUGCUGGCAAAAGCCUUUUUUGCUUUUCCCAGCACACAAGUAGUUGCAUCUUAAACUUUUUUUUUUUUGUCUUGAACAUGCGUAUCUUCCAUUUGCCAACCAUAUACUAGUCUUGAAGUAAUCUUGCCUAAUACCACUAGACAGAUUUUUAGUUAGUCUGCUGGUUUUCUAGCAGCAGUUUUUCUUGACUUUUCUUUUUGUUGACAAUGAGUAAAAUGGUGAUACACCUCUAGUAGGAGAAAAACUCCUUUAUGUACACAGAAGAGAAGUUGCAAGUGAAACCUCCUUGAUGCUACUACAUGCUUUUACAAGAUCUGGUGUCAAAUGGUUUAAGCAUUUAUACUUUUGUGUAACACUACUAGAACAAAGGAAAAAAAAAAGCAGCAAACGAAAGACAAAUAAUACAUUUAAAACUCCAUUUAGUGAACACAUAGACUGUGUAAAGAUAGGUGUUAGCUUUGCUGUAUCCCCUUAAAUCCCAUACAAAAUACUUCUCUGUAGUAUGUUAUGUGAAUGUUCAGCAUGUUCUUCCUUGAACAUUCUCAGUUAAUUUUUACUCCAUUAGGAUUAAUAUCUGAUUUAGUGAGUAUAUGCAGUUCAGAGACUUAUGCUAAUAAAUGCUGAAUCAUUUGGAUAAGAAACUGUUGGAGAUUUUGUUCAUGCAAAUCUUAAAACCAAUUCAGCUGAUUUGACUGCACAAUUUUAAACAAAUGUGAAAAAUCUCAUUCUGUUUUGGCAUAUUAUUGCUCAGAUACUGGAUUGGACUGUGGGCUUUUUUGUCAAGCAAAGGUCUCAUCUAGAUUACUUUUUCAAAUUACUCCAGGAAUAUCACUGUUCUGGACAAGAAUAAACUACCCAUGGAAUAUUCUUCAAAUAAUAAAUUCCUGUUAUUUCAUAUACUGGCAAUAGCAGAAAUGGUUUAACCAAAUGAGUACCAUUUUUGUAUGGGCAUUAGUUAAUUCAACCUUUUUUUUUAAUUGGUUUAAUUGCAUUAGUGAAGUGUACUGAGACUUUUUUUAUGUUCGUUGUUACAUUGGACCCUUUGCUUUGUUUUUUCUACCUUUCAAUUUCAAAACAGAAAGUAGGAAAGACGUGCGGAGUUCAGACAUCCAGCCAGUUACUGAGAGUCAGCUGAGCUGUUUUACAGAAGGAGCGCACUCUUCUCGGGGUGAAGGCUGAGUGUGUGCCAGGAGCAUUGUGAAGUAGCACAUAGACAUGAACUGCCCAUAUCCUGUUCAUGUGUCCAAACUUGCAGUUUAUCUAGAUUAGUGAAACUACAUACAAUUGCAUCUUUGGCUCCAAUUAAUCCCGUUCUAAUUUACAUGAAGAAAAUAUUAACUCAGUAGUUAUUGAUGGCUUUUUUUCUACUUAGUAGUACCUUCCUGAUUUUUUUUUUUUUUUUUAAAUACAGCAAUUACGUGCUGAUCUUUCAUAGAAUUAGUUUCUGUUGUGAAGCCUUGUGUUUCAUAUCUUUGGAAGAAAAAUACCCCCCCCCUGCAAUCUCAUGAAUUAUGAAGAGUGUUAGUCUUAACACUGCUGCAGGUCUUUCUGAACAGACCACACCUGUGAGUGCCAUGAACCUUGGGUAGAAAUGAACCUUACUGAUCGCAUUUGUUAUGGCUUUUCAUUCCUACCAUGCAAGCCUAUUUUUACCGAAUAUGCAAAGCCCUGUGUGUUUUGGAAAGUCAGAGAAUACAUAGAUAAACGUGGAACAGCCCUAGCAACUAGUGCUGAAAUAGUCUGUGUUCAGUACUCUCACACUGCUAAUUGAUACAAGAAAAGCGACACUGUCCUCUGUGAAAGAAGCACAUUUCAGCCAUAGACUGUUCCAUUAAGAUGGCAGAUGGUGCAGCACCUACUUGGAGGACCCUCCCGGAGGUUGUGAUGAAGAUUGUUGUAUCAAAUUCCUGACUUAGGUCUCGUAACUGUUCCAUUUCCCACCCCCUGCUAGACCCGCAUGCUGACAGUGCUACUAAAAAAAGGCUACAUAUAUUUUUCAAAACUUUCUUUGAACAGUCUCUUAAUUUGUUUCUGCUGCUUGCUCAGUAUGAUCUGUUUGUUCUUAAACUUUAAGCUGAUGCCCUAUACUGCACGGCAGUUGUCGCAUCUCAAUUCUUUUGUUUUCCGUCACGGCUAUUAAACUUUGUGGCCUUGCUGUUGCGCUAAUAAGUUGCUGCAGCUUUUGUUCCAUCUUUUUCCAUCUCAUUGAGUAGACUGGGUGGUUUCAUCACAGAAGGCACUGCAGUCUAAUUUGUUAUUCUUUCUUUACAGGCAAGAGCUUUCUAUAUUUUUUCUAUAACCUUAUCCAUCGUAUUAUUACCAGAGAAUGCAAUUACAAAUAUUCUAGUCCCACACCCUUUGUAUUACAGAUCAGACUCUUACAGGGUAACUUUUGUAUCAAAACUGUAACUUUUUUUUUGAGCCCUCACUUGUUUUUCUAAUGUGGCUUUCUGAAGUUUCCUAUGUUACACCUAACGUAACUUCUUAAAUGGCCUUGCUUGAAAGGUUCUGAUAUAACAGCAAAAUUCUACAGAAUCUUUUUUGUUACUUGGGACCACCGAGAACGCUUGCCACUUCGGUAAAACUUCUAUGCCUAAAAAACUCCUACUCUUGCUUUUCUUGUUUGAACAUCUAAGGUCUAAGAUGUCUUCUGAAAUUAAGUACUUGGAAGAACUCAGCAUUUCUCAUCUCUCCCACAGAAGUGAAGUUCUGGAAGUUUUAAGGCAGUACUUGCAAAGUUUUUGAAAUGUCUGUCUGCAGUAGCACAAGGAUAUUGAUCUUGAGAUUCUUUCCACUUUGGUGUUCCUCUGGCUUGCCUGCUCAGAGUUGCAGAAUUAAUUCAGAGUGAGGAUUGAAAUAUAAGGAGUUCCUGGUAUUCACUUACUCAGAGCCACCUGCACUGCACUUCUGCUCUUUAAAGCAGGGAGCAUUCACAGCCUGGGAGAUGAAACCAGGACUGAGUGACUCCUUGUUCCUAGUCUUGGAACUUGAAUUCCAGAGUGUCUGGUAGUUCACGAGGAACAAGGCACCACAGUGAAUUUCAGUAUGUGCUGCCUGUUUCUAGAGGAGUUGUAGGAAAAUGAAUGACUCUUCCUUUUGUUUUCCAAAAAUUGGUUGCAUUACAGUGUAAAUCUGAUAUUAGAACAGUGCUUAUUUCUCUUCAUCUGUAUAGCAUGGUUACAAGCCUGUUGAAAAAGACUUCACAUUAUGUCAUCCCUAGUACUUCCUGUGUGCUUAUAAAGCGCAUAUUUGCAUAUGAACAGUUUGGACCACCGAUUUAUUAAAGACUGAAAAUAAUACCUUUGGAUGUCUUUUUCCAGGGUACUUGAAAGUUGCUUAGUGGAUGUAAUCUUCUGGCAAGAAAGACCUUCCAGUUGCUGCUGCACUUAAUAGACUUUUAAAGAAUGCUUUGGUAAUGAACUAUAGAGUUCUGAUUCAUCUUCAUCACUUUUGAACAAAACUUUCUUGGUAAAAAUUUUCAGAAGUGCUUCAGUAGCAUGUUGGCUCUAAAAUUCUGUCUUUUUUCACCAUCUGUUCCUUAACUAAUAACUAAGAAACUUUUUGUUCUCUUCUUGUGAAAUACACAGUAUCUUUGCACAUCCUGAAUGUCAAGCAAGUUUAAAGACCAACCCACUUCAGUCUACGUCAACAGUGUUUGAAUCAGAUAUCCACUAUAUAAAUGAGUAAAAAUUUAAAAAGUGUUCUCGUUCCUGCAGGUGUGAUCUAUAGAGGGCACCAAAUCAAGCGCCACAUACUUCAUUAUAUAUAAAUGUGAUCUAAAAUGUGUGCAUGUGUAUAUACACACACGUGCAUGCGCACACACAGAGUCUGCUGUAAGUCCUACAAAUGUAUCCAGAGUCAUAAUGUGCCUGAACUGGUAGAUUAGAUGUUUUUUAAAAGGAUGGGCUAUGGUUUUAGUAGAAACUUGAUGACUUGAAUCCACCCUGAAGCCCUCCUUCCACCUCUUCUGUCUAUGGUCAGGGUUUUCUUCCAUCAGUUGUGACUUUUCAGUUCUUGGAUCCAAGCAAGAAAGAGCUCCUGUAGAUUCUGAAGAUGUGACCUAAUUCUACAUUGUGUGCUAAUUGCUGCCUGAGCUUGUCUAGUUUGAUGGAUCUGAGUCACAGGAUCUUAAUUUUGAGGUAAGAACCUAAGCUGGUAGCUGUUUAGAGGAAUUGCUAAAAGUGCAUUUAUCAUGCCUACGUAGUAAGGAGUUGCACAGGGAUACUCAUUGGUGUGCUUCCAGCUUAGCUGCCAUUGUGCUUCUCAGCCUGCUGGCACUUGUUGUAACUAAAUAAUGACCUUGCAAGAAGACUAAAUUGUAUUUUGAUAUUAAAUUUUUCCUAAAUAAGUCUGACAUACAGUUACUUUUAUGUGAAUGACUAAGAAGGGGCUACUGUACAUAAAUCUGAAAUGGAAUCUGUCUGUUGCUAUCAACCCAUAAGGUAUAGUUGCCUUAAUCUGGAACAGUAGCCCCUGUCUAGCAAGGGGUGCCGCACAGUUGCGGGAUUAUGUCUGAAAUGAAGUAAGUCUCAUUUUAUUUGAAUGGUGAUGUAGUUAAAAGAGCUGGUAAAAAGUUUUCCCAAAUGCAAGCUUAAAUUGUAAUGGGAAAUCUUUACUGAACUCUUGCUCAGUGUUUCAUUCUCUUUUAAAAUUACCAAAAUAAAUAUUUGGUUAGAUAAUCUAUUUUUCUAUUCAAAGCUUGUAAUAUUCUGUAGCAUCUAAGAGAUUGAGCAUUUCCCUGUAUCAGGUUAGGUGUCAAACUUGUUGAUAUUGGAAUAGGUUUGUUGCUACCCUAAUAAAACGCUGAUCGCUUUUUUGGUGUAUGAUUUUUAAAGUUUCACAGUUCACAAUGACUCAAAACGCAAGGUAGAUUAAAUCAAAUGCUGGGAUCAGAUUCAUGUCAUAAACGCACACACUUCCUUACUGGCUGAAAGCUCUUUUGUGUGCUGCUUGACUGACACAACAGUGGCUUAGAUUCUAUUGUGGGAAGGAAGGUGCUGAUGUCUAAAGUAAGCAAGUGGUGGUAAAAAUAAGUUGUACUCAUUUUAGCUUCAGGCUAAGAACUUUAUAAGAAUAAUGUCAGGUUCUCUUGCUGGAUUAAUGUAAACUGCUUUGUUUGCAGGGUUUAUUGUCAUCCCAAAACCAGGCCAAUUCUCCAAGUGGAACUGUAGUAUAGCCAUCACACUACUGCUAGCAAAUCUCUGAACGCAGGACAAGAAGUAAUGACAGUGGAACCAGGAGCUGUUCUUCAGGCAAAGAGCAUCACAAAUUAUAAUGUGGCAGAGUGUAAACAUGGAAUUAUGUGAAUCACAUAGUACUUUGCAAAGGAGUAAUGUAAUGAGUUCUUAUUACAGCUAAUACUGCUAGGCUGCUCACCCAAGGAAGGGUUUUCAUUUAAAAAAAAAAAAGCUUCCUUUGGUGCUGCAAGAAAAAAUAGUAACAUUUUUGGUUUUCUUUAUACUUUUCAAGUCCAGUGUAAUUUAAUCUCUCUAUAUAAAUAUAUAAAUAAAAGAUAUAUAUAUAUAGUGUAAAAUAAAAUAUGUUUCUUAAAUUCAACUAAGUUCAAUGGUUAAAACUAGUACUUCACCAUUGUUUAUUUUGCACUGAUUUUUUUAACCAGAGAUGGCUAGAAGACAGCCUGGAAUGCACUCAUGGAAAAUGAAAGUCAUUACUUUCUGGCUUCAAAAUGUUAUUCAGGAAGAUGGAUGCUGCAAUCAUAGAUUUUUAAAACAAAAUUGUUUUGCACUUAAAUAGUUUAAUGCUAAUAGAGAAUUACUUUAAAAUUGGUGUCCAGACACCAGAAAAACUAUGUUGUGGAGAAAAGAUCCUUUGUAUCUAUUAAACAUUUAUUUUAAUAUUGUUGUUUCCAACUGCAAUCAGCUCUGUAUUAUAUGUAUAAAUACUGUAAUUCAGUGAUGGGGGAGGGGAGUAACGGAGUAACACUAGAAAUUCUCAUUCAUUUAAGAAAGUGAUAUUUCUAAUUCAGAAAAUACAUAUUAAACUAUCUUGAAUAUGCA